ACGGGUCUGAGGCAGGUAUCGCGCGGCGCCUUGUCUUACCGGUCAAACGACAACGAUCGAACGAAACGCCUCCAUAAUAACGAACAAUUGUAUAUGUAAAUAAACUAUGCUAUGAUAUUUUAAGAACUUACAGUGUCGUGUGUGUUACAAUUAAACAGACACAAAUGAAACGACAAUGCAGACAGCAAGAGAGUCAAGCAGGCAGCGACGGAGCAACAAACGGCGAAACUCCAGAAAAAAAUCGCUCUCACCGUCCGACCUAAAAUGCUACGAUAAGUCAGACAAUCGCUCCCUCUCCGAAGGCACGAAAGCCAAGCAUAGAAAAAGCAAUAUAAGGAGAACUUUAACGCAUCCGUUCACCGGCGACCAGGAUGCGACGAUGAUAGGAGUGUUUAACCGUGAAGUGAAGGCCCCGGUGCCUGAGAGUGACGAGUCCAACAUCCCUCCGACGAGCAGCGACAGGGACACGGAGGAUGACGCGCGUGUGUUGAAGUCUGUGAUCAACCGGUCCCGAUGGGAUUCCGGGAGUGAGAUGGACUCGUUGGUGUCGACUGUGGUGAGGCGCGCCUCGGCCCGACGACGCAGGAUGCCAGCAAACCCAGAGUGGGGCGUCAGCAGCGAACCGGGCGAGGCAAGCGAGCCGGAGGCCGGUCGUAUGCGUCCCGAGGACUACCGCCUCGUGUUCCUCAGCUCCGACUCAUCGUGCCGCGAGGACACGGAGGACUCGUCGUCCACCGCCUCCUCCGCCGCGCCGCUCGCGCCCGACGACUGCGACUGGGACUACUUCGAGCCGGGCGCGGCGGCAGCACCUCCACCACCCCCCAGACACGUCCCGCAAGCCUGCCCCAGGACGUGCUCCUGCGGCGCUGAACCGAGAAUAGUUGCCGUCCCUGUCCCCGUGCCGGUCCCCGUACCUGCCGCCCUCUGGCCCGCUUUAUUAGCUUUCCCCCAAAACCCACCGACGCCACACUGGAACACCUACCCCGGCUUCCCGCCCCUCGAUGCCGCAGCCUUCGCCCGCCUCACGACGGCCGCCGCUGUCGCCGUCACCGCCGCCGCCACCGCCACCGCCAACGCUCUUCCCCAAACGAAAACGCUUGAAAUGACCACCGUAGAAAGGACCGAUAAAGCUAUACAGUCCGAAACGUCACAAACAGAAUCUCGCGAUAGCGAUACCACUGAUAACGUUAUCAGUGAUAUCGUUAUUGAACGGCCAGUUGAAUGUGAAACGUCAGAUGAAAUAAAGGUAAUUGCAAAACAGGACUUAUCAGUAUUGUCGGAGGCCCCGGACGCGAUGCCCGAACAUUUGGACGCCGAAAAAGCGUUUAUAUCGUCAAACGAAUCUGGUGAUUCUAGUGAUUCCGACGCGGGUGUUGAGAGGCGUAGCUAUGACCUGACGAGCGGGGCGCCGGAGGAGCCGGCCACCUCUGAUGAAGACUCAGAUGACUCCGGGGGCGGCGGUGGGCAGUUUUCGAGAGUGUUCGUCGUCAACCCCGCCGACUCCUCCUCCGACAUGGAAGACAACGCCGACAGCAGCGGCAUCGACUGUGAUGAUUCCUACGACAAAAAGUCUGAUAGCUUAGAAAUUGCCGUUGAAGUGAUUAUGCAAAAUGAAGCCAACAUUAAUGAAGAAAGCUGUAGCCAAAACCAGGACAACGUCGUGCUUUUAGAGUCAGUUAAGUUAAACGAAGUUAUUCCUGUUAUCCCAUAUGGAAGUGACAACGAAAACUGUGAAUCGAAAAAAUCCAAUUUUAUGAAAUUCUGUAAUGAAAAUAUGCUCCGAAGCGAAACCUGCGAGGAAUUUAAUAGCUUUAAUGCAUCGUGUAGUACGGAUUAUAACACUUUAGAUAGCAACGAAAAUAAAGAUAAUGAUAGCAAUAGAAGUAUUACUCCAUCAGAAAACAACGAGUGCGACUCGCUGGACGAUGCGUUUACUACAGAAAGUGACAUGAAAGUAAAAGUAUCCGUCGAGUUGCCUAAUGAGAAACAUAACAAUGAGGAAUUCAUUUAUGACGAAAUUUCGCACGGGUUGUUGACGAAAUUAGCGCCAUCGCCUGAGCCCGCGGCUGAUAACCCAAGUUUGCCGCCUGUUGAAAAAAUAGACCUGUUUAAAGGUAUCGAACGUACGCUCAGUGAACUAUUGAAGAAAGAAUUACUGGAAGAGCAAGAGGAGGAGAAAAUGCACGGCGUGGGGCCGGUUUGUUUAGAGGCGGGGGGCGCGGGCGCACCUGCCGCGGCCGCGGUGUCAACAGUAUGCCGCUCGCGCACGGCCGGUACGGACGGCUCCGCGCGCUUCACUAGCCGCGUUAUGAUAACACACGAUCGCGUCUCCGUCGUCACGUCGGAUACGACACGGCUCAUGCGCGACAUAACAGUGCACCACACCAACUCGGUGAACGAAACCAACCCCGACGCGAGCUCUCAGCAAAACGAUAAUGACGAACGAAUGUCCGACGACGAAGCGCUGCAGCCUUCGGGCGGCGUGACGGUUGUUAGCAACGCCGACACUCUCUCGGCCGUCGUGUGCCUCGAGGAGGGGCUCGCCGACGACGACUCUUGGGUCGAGGACGUCAGCCAUGACGAGGAUGAGGUCACCUCGCCCUCCGACUCCGACUCGGGGGAUGAAGCGACCUUACCCACGCGGGGUGAAGAAUUUUCAUACUGUCGGCGUUCCUUAGACUUCACUUUACACACGAUUGUCGAAGAAAGUUGUGAAGAAAGUGAAUCGGAGCAUACAGUGAAAAAACCGCGACCCAUAUCGGCUACCGAGUUGGAAAAAUAUUUCUUUUUCGGCCUCGGUGAUGGUAGAAAUAUUCGAGACGAUGAGGAGCAUAUGUCGGAAACGUCAAGUGUGUGCAGUGAGGCUGCGGAGUCUAUUGUUGAUAAUGAGCAGCCGGAAAGAAGUGGAGACAAUGACGAGCUGGUAUCAUCACGGUUGGAAAAAUAUUUCUUGUCUGGAUUUAUGGGCUUCAAUCAGGAAAGGCGCGACUCAGAUGGCUCAGGUAGCGUUGGCAGUGAUAGUGAGGGAAAACAGAGCCCCGAACAAAGGCGGAAACGUCCUUUACGAGCCCGUGGUACCCCGCGCUCACACUCAUCGUCAUUAGAUAACUUAUUGACUGGGGAAGAGCCAUCGCAGGACGCACAGGAAGUGUCAGAUGGAUCGAGCACCGAAACCGAUGAUCGACACGACUCUUCGGAGCGCCUCGAUUCACAAGGUGAUUCUAAAAGGAAAAAGCAAAGUAAAAAAACUAGAGGUUCCCCAGCGGACGAACGGCGCUUAUCAACCGAGUUCGCGGAGGAAACUCGAGACGACACUAGAUCUGUUUCGGAGGGUGAAGACGGCAGGUUAACGCCCCGACCCGAAUUUCCGCCGCUUGGAUCUGAGCUAUCUGAAUCUAAAAAACAAACAAGCCGAGAUAGCGGCUUCGUGGGCAGUUGUGAUGAUCUCUUGAGGAAUGGCGAUUCUAGUUCAGAUUUUACCCGAUCUCAGGAGCCUAAAGUAGAAUUAGAGGAGAUUAUUGAGGAAAUAAGGCCCGACAUCGAGGAACGUAUCGAAGGUCCCCCAUCGUCCCGUCCCCCACCCACACCCCUAAUACGUAAGGAUAGCUUUAAUAACUGGUCGUCCGAUGAAGAGACAAACCUUAUGAUGACCAAAAUGCGCCAAUUCUUCAAGCAAAUGAUAAAUUCAGCGAAUGUUCGCGCAUCAACACCGCAGUCAUCUAACUCGGAAAGUUCGCGCCCGCCGAAACCACCACAAUUAUUAUACUUUGAAAGCGAACUGACGCGACUUAUGAAAACAGUACCCGGAAUCCGGGAUGAGGAAGUGCGCGAAAUAGUCGAAUAUUUAUCAAGCGAGGACACCUGGAGCGAUUCUUAUGAUUCGUCCGAUUAUGCCGGCUCAGAUUUAGAAGGGACCGCGGCGAAUCGUUCGGCCUUGAGAAAACAGAUAUCGGAGAGUUGUCGCGAGAUAAUUGACGAGUUCGAUCGUGGAAAUGGCGAGGGUGGUUCGCUGGAGCGUGACGCGGCCGGCGCGUACCAACGGCUGGCGGCGACGCUGGGCCGUGCGGGAGAGGGAUCGCCACCUCUCUUCGGGAAGGUGAUGCGACAUAUAGGGGGUAGGCUAGUGGCGUUAAUGCAUGAAGUGUCUGGUGGUGUGCCGAGUACGGACGAUGAUAGUGCGUCGGAGCCGGGAGCGUUGGCCCGGAGUCGUUCCCACGACAUCCUGGAACCCACGGCUAGUCGUGGAAGUGUCGCGAGUGAUAGUGAACGGUUUUCGUGGCGUGGUAGUUUCGAGUCCGCCUUGCUCGCGGCGGACUCGCGCGGGACUCUAGGAGGUGGUGGUGAAGCUCGGCGCUCGCCGGCGGGCGCUGAGCUGGCUGCCCAGAAGUCGCAUUCGAGGAGUUGCGGUGCCAUCGGUGGCAGCGAGGACCGACUGUGGCGGGGCAGACGGCGGGCUUCUGCGCCUGACGCUGAGUCAGAAGAAGAACAGCGCGCCGGCUCCCUCCCCCGCCUACCCUCCAUCGCGGGCACCGCCACCGCGCCCGCCGGGCCCGUCAAGUCGGCGCGAUACCGCGCACCUGGAUUCCGCACGGCGACGCGGGCGGCGUCAGCGCCGGGGCUGCACGCGCCGCGCCGACGCCGACCGCCGCCGGCGGCAGUGCAGCCGUCGCCUGCUGCGCCUGCUUCCGCGCCUAGCUUACAAGAUGAGACGUACAUAUCGGAGUCGGUGUCGCCGGGCCACGCCACGCUGCCGCGGCGCUCCAACUCGCCGCUGCCGCACGAGCGCGACCUCGAUCGGUUCUCGCUCAACAGGAGUGGCCUUCAGAACCGCUCGGAAUCCAUGGCAUCGGUAUACUCGGGCGCAGGCGAGGGCAUGCGCGGCAGCGUGACUGUGCGAGGGGAUGUGCAGUUCUCUCUGCUGUACAACUACCGGCUAGGAGCGUUGGAGGUCGGAGUGCGGAGGUGCAGAGACCUCGCGCCUGUCGAUGUCAAGAGGAAUCGGUCGGAUCCCUAUGUUAAGGUGUACUUGUUACCGGACAAGUCCAAGACUGGCAAACGGAAGACGAAGGUGAAGAAGAACACGCUCAACCCGAUAUUCGAGGAGACGCUGAGCUUCGUGCAGCCGCUGGCCUCGCUGUCUUCACGGACACUGUGGCUCAGCGUGUGGCACGCCGACAUGUUCGGCCGGAACGACUUCCUUGGCGAGGUGACGCUGCCGCUGGCCGACGUCGUGUUCGACGACCCCGCGCCCAUGUGGUACAAGUUACACGAGCGGACGGAACAAUUCGAUGAGCAGCAAGGCACGCGCGGAGACCUGAUCAUUGGACUGAAGUUCGAGCUGCCGGAGACCGGGCCGCGCGCCAAGGGAACCCUUCACGUGCUGGUUAAGGAAGCCAAGAACGUCGUCGCCACCAAGCCGAACGGGCUGGCUGAUGUAUUUUGCAAGAGCUACCUCCUCCCCGAACGCGGCCGGCUCGCUAAACAGAAGACUGCCGUGUGCCGGCGCACGCUGAGCCCGCGCUGGGAGCACACGUUCACGUACCGCGGCCUCGCGCUGCAGGAGCUGGCCGCGCGCGCGCUGGAGCUCAGCCUGUGGGACCGCGACCGCCUCGCCUCCAACGACUUCAUGGGCGCCGUCAGACUGUCGCUGGGAACUGGAACAUACAUGGGAGCCAACGUAAAUUGGAUGGACAGUGUAGGCAAAGAAGUAUCCCUGUGGCAAGACAUGAUGCAGAACCCGAACAUCUGGGUCGAACGCUCGCUUCCCCUCCGACCACAACUCAACAAUUAAAUCAAUAAUAGGUGUACUUCCACCGUACAGGCUUAUACUUUGAUAUAGAUUUAGGUAACAUUUUCAAACAUCAUUUCAGUGUAAUUUUAGUACCUAAUGAAAAUCGAAUGAAUCAAUUGGGACCAAAAAUCAUGUCUUCUAUUUUUGAAUGCCUUUUUACCGAGUUUACAUUUUUCCUUUAUAGGGUUACCUAGGCUAACAUCUUACUAAGGACCAAUGUGCCAAUCGUGUAAAAUGUUAAUUUAUAUACAUUUUAUCCACCUACUUAGUAAUAUUGUCUUUCUGUACUUUUAUCUGUACUUCUUUUAUAUACUUAACCUUAAAGCUGUGUACCUAUUAUUUAGUGAUGAAUACUCUACAAAUACUUUAUAUUGUAUCUAUUUACUAAUCGAUUACAUUCCAACUUUGUGAUGAAUACUUUUAUAAUUGUAUAAGCGUAAGACUUUGAUGACAAUAAUAUUAAUUUCUACUAGUAACUGCCUGCUAGUAAAUACGGUUAAACAUUAAAUAAGUUAAUGCAUUUAAAAAUAGGUCUAUAUAUUAAGUUUAAUGUACAAAUUAAGUUCACAUGAGUUUCUAAGUAUCUGCUCAUGCAUAUUGUGAUCUAAUUAUACAUUUUGGAAAAUGUUGAAAAUAGUGUUGAAGUGUGAAUGUGUGUGAAAUGUUAAAAUUGUGAAUAAUGACAAAUAACUUGUCUACUUUAUAAUACUUAACGAUAUGGAGACGUCCAUAGUAUAUAAAAUAGCCUUAGUUUGCCUACUUAACGACGAUACAGAGUACUGUAGGUCCUGGUUUAUUUAAUAACUAUUUUUGUAUUAAUAUUGUCGAUGUGAGAAGCGAUAUAAAAUAAACAUUGAAUCAA